UUCAUUUGUAUUCACUCUUCAGUUAAAUAUUUAUUCUUUGGUUUUCAUAUUAUGUAAGAACUUUAGAAUAGAGUUUAUGUCUAGUGUUUAAAUGUAUUUAAGACACAAUGUAGUAAUUUAAAUCCAUCCUGGGGGGUCUGUAGGAAUGAUUUUCUUUAAAGGAAAAAAAAACCCACAUUCAAUACAUUGUUUGACUUUUAGCAGCAGACUUAAAUAUGCAUCAUCCUCUACCCCCAUUACAGCUUAGACCAAGCAAAUAAAGAGCUAUUAUAAAGCUAAAGGCAUAUCAGGCUGUGUGGACACAGAUGCCCCAGUUAUAAAGGCCGCUUGCUUUAUUGAUCUUUGCUAUUUGUUUAUAGCUUACAGAACUCCACCUGGAGUUCUUAAAACAGAGCAAAAAACAAAAAAAAAAAACCUUUUGUCUCCUUGACAAAUUAUACCCAAUUCCUAACAAUACCACAAAUAAGUAAGACAAACCCACCAAGAAGAUAUUUAAACGUCCAGGCAGUAGCUGAGCCCCCACACUUUUCUUGCUCACACUCCACAGAAAAAUGUUCUUCAAAGCAAGCCCUUGGCUUUGGUUGUACGUUAGAACAGCUGUUGUUCUGGGAAGUGAGUUAAAUCACCCAGAGCAGCAGAGACAGAAUCACUGUUUUCAGUUUAACAGGUUUCACUGCAGCUUUGAGGAGGCAGAAAAUUACUGUUCUGCACAGGGAGGGCGCCUUGCUUAUACUUGGAACCAGGAGGCCCAAGAGCUUAUCUGGGACUUCCUAGAAAGAGGGAAGAAGUGGUGGAUUGGGAAAAAUUUAAUGCUGCUGGGGAAGCAUAAAAAAGAAAACAAUUCAGCUGAUGCCACCACCCAUCAGGCAGCAGAGCCUAAUAGCUGCACCUACCUGUUCAGAAACUCUAACCAAAUCUCAUCAAAAGUGGACUCGUGCUCACAAGGACAUUAUUUCAUUUGCCAAACUGAUGCCUUUUCAGACCCAGAUGGCCGUUAUGAAAGAAACAGAAAUAGUUCUCAUUUACUUUGGAGGCCUAAGAAGACAGAAAGAGAAGUCACGAUGCCAGGAUACAAAAUGACCUCAGGUGCUCCUUUUCGAGCCACUUGUCACCAGCCUGCUCAUGCUAAUAUUUCUAAGACCCUGUGCCAUUCCUUCAGCCUACUUCCUUCAAUACCACCCAAAGGCACCACACAGUUAAUAUCAGUCACAUCUGUACCUGCAAGCUCAUCUCUUCCUGGACCAUCAGAGCCCACCAAGCCUGUAUCUGUAACAUAUACUAGGCAGCCUCUGGAAGAAAUAACCUCCAGCCCCAAAGAGGACUCCCAUUCAGAUGUCCUCACCACCCUGCUACAAGCGUCCUUUCAGAAUGUAUCUGAUCAGGUCAUAGAUGAGAUAGCAGGCGACUUUAGCAAAGCCGUUCAUGGUUUGCAAGCUCACAGCAAACUGCAGAAAGCUUGUGAGGUCCUCCAGAAACUGACAGCCUCUCUCCCAAGAUUUUCUGAGUCAACUCAGGUCAGUGUCAUCGACUCUCUCAUUUACCUGAAUGAACAGCUACUGAGGAGCCCAUUUCAGAACAGCAGUGACAUCCCUGUGACUGUCUGCAUCUUCCGCUCCCUCAGCAACAUAAUGGAAGCUGGCAAAGCAAGUCAGCAAAGACCCAAGCAUAACAGUGAGCAGGCAGAAAGUAUUCUGAAAAUGCCCUUUCUGGCCCUGGGGAAGAACAAGGAAGCAUUUCUGCAGCAGAUUUGGUUUUCUGAGUCUUCUGUGAUCUUGACCUCCUCCACUGCUACCCUGAUGCUCAGCAGCCAAAACAGAUCAACGCUGCCUCUGAGCUCUUAUAGUCUCGGUCAGCCAGCCCCUGUGAGGUUAGACUUUCCCUCAGCUUCAGCUUUGGAGGUGCUCUUGAAUAAACACCCAGGAGUUAAUGUCCAGGUAACAGGACUAGCUUUCAAUCCUUUCAGAGAUUUUGAUGAUAAGAACAUUGUUGGAAGCAUCGGAAGUGUGUUACUGAGCUCUAAUCAUAAAAUGCUCCAAGUCCAUGACUUAAUGGAAGAUAUUGAGAUCAUGCUCUGGAGAAAUGCUAGCAUGGAAAUUCACUCCACCAGCCUCAACAUGAGCACAGAUCAUUUUGUUAUCACAGUGAAUGUCACUUCCUCAGGGAAAUCCCUGAUUGUGUGCAUAGAGCCUGAAAGUCCCCUUUUAAUGACACUCUACCUGGGGUUCCAGUAUCAGCCUAACCAUACUUACUUCCACCUGAACAUCACCCUUCCAAAGGAUCAGGUGUGGCAAAAAGAUGAGGAAUACACGUGGGUGCUGACACCAGAGAGUCUGCAAUAUGGGAUCGGCACUUACUACAUAACCGCCGUACUGAAUAAAAGCCAGGAGCACGCUCAGCAGACACCCACCUGGUUCUCGGUGGUGACAGCGGUCACUCAGUGCUAUUUCUGGGACCACGACAACAGCUCCUGGAAGAGCGAGGGAUGCCACGUUGGACCACAGAGCACAGUUUGGAGGACACAGUGUCUCUGUAACCACCUCACCUACUUUGGCAGCGACUUCUUUGUGGUGCCCAGGACAGUGGACGUGGGAGACACAAUCAAACUGAUCCUUCGUGUGACCAACAACCCUGUUGGGGUGUCAUUACUGGCCAGUCUUUUAGGAUUCUAUAUGCUCAUAUUUGUGUGGGCUCAGAGGAAGGAUCAGGCAGAUUUGCAGAAGGUCAAGGUUACUGUCCUGGCUGAUAAUGACCCCAGCUCUCAAUUUUGCUACCUUAUUCAGGUCUACACUGGAUAUCGAAGAAGGGCUGCUACCACUGCUCAGGUGGUUGUCACCCUGUAUGGAUCUGAGGGACGGAGUGCGCCCCAUCACCUUUGUGACCCCCAGAAGGCUGUCUUUGAAAGAGGGGCACUAGAUGUCUUCCUCCUCCGCACCCAGUUCUCUUUGGGAGAACUGCACAGCCUUCGACUCUGGCAUGACAAUUCUGGUGUCAGCCCUUCUUGGUACGUAAACCAGGUCAUAGUCAUUGAUGUGGAAGCGCAAAGGAAAUGGCAUUUCCUGUGCAGUUGUUGGCUGGCUGUGGACCUUGGACGUGGCGAGCGUGACCGGAUCUUCAUGCCAGUCUCAAAUAAAGAGCUCUUUUCCUUUAGAUACCUGUUCUCCUCCAUGAUCGUAGAAAAGUUCACCCAGGAUUAUCUGUGGCUCUCAGUUGCUACUCGACAUCCUUGGAACCAGUUUACAAGAGUCCAGCGGCUCACUUGCUGCCUGACCCUACUGCUUUGCAACAUGGUCAUCAAUAUUAUGUUCUGGAAAAUAAACGACUCCACCACCAAAAGAGAUGAGCAAGUGGGUCCAUUUGCUGUGACUUGGUCUGAACUGUUUAUCAGCAUCCAAACUGCUGUCAUCCUUUUCCCAAUCAAUCUGGCGAUUGGGCGGCUCUUCCAGAUGAUUCAACUGCAGGAACCUCUGCCUCAGUUUCCCCCCAUCCAGGCCUCCUGUCUCUCAGAUGCUUCUUUUGAGCCUCUCUCUCACACACAGAUAGUUGAGGAACUAAAGGAAACCAUUGGAUUCCUGCUCAGGAGAAAGACAUACAGACUCUCAGAGAGUGAGCGAUCUUCAUGGAGUUCUUGCGACAUUAACAAGCUCGUGAAACUUUUAUCCAGCCUUGUUCAUUCUCACUUAGAAGGUCCAGGUUGUCAUCAGCAGGUGGAAUCCUAUUGGACAAAUGUGGUUCCUGAAAACCAUCAUCAUUUCUGCCGCUACCUGCACAGAGUUCUGCAGAAGGUGAAGUGUCACCUGAGCACAUGGGGCUCCAGCCUAGCUGGCCAGACUUGUAACUUCUUAGAUGCAGUCAGCCAACUGCAGAAACUCCAGGAACUCUUGGAAGCAAGUACUCUGCCCACAGAGCUAGGCUCACCCAGGGAGACCACCAGCUUCCCCAUCCUGAGCCCAGAAGAAGGAAAGACAUUCACCUCUCGCAGCCUGCCCAGAUGUCUGACUUACAUCUGCUGGCUUGUUCUGGGUGUCACCAGCCUGGCCGCAGCAUUUUUUACAGCACUUUAUAGCCUGAAACUGAGCAAAGAUCAAGCCACUAGCUGGGUUAUAUCAUUGGUACUUUCAGUGCUUCAAAAUAUCUUCAUCAGCCAGCCAAUAAAGGUGAUCUCACUGGCUUUAUUAUUCUCACUGAUGCUAAACAGGAUGCCACGGCUCAACAAAGAGAAGGAACAACAAACCAGGAGGAUCUUGGCACUCUUGGCACAAUGUUCCACAUCAUCACCUGGCUCAAGAGAUAUGAACAACCCCGUCUAUGUAGCUCCAGCUAUGGACAGUCCAAUUAAGUGCCCAGAAAGAACUGUGAAAGAGACCAGAAUCCUCAAGCUGAUGGGAGAUAUUUGGGUACAAAUCCUCUUUCUUGCCCUGUUGAUGACUACAGUCUACUCUGCACAGAACUCCAAUAGAUUUUACCUCCAUCAAGCUAUUUGGAAGAGCUUUUCUCAUGGUUUCUCAGAGAUAAAAAUCCUUAAGCAUUUCUACCCCUGGGCCAAUCGCACCCUCCUUCCUAACCUGUAUGGGGAUUACAGAGGAUUUAUUACUGAUGGGAACUCCUUGCUUUUGGGCAAUGUUCUGCUUCGUCAGAUUCGCAUUCCUGGUGCCAUCCUCUUUCCAACUACAGUAUCUCCCCAAGAACAAGUGAACCCAUCUCACCAUGUUCAGGAGGAUACAGAGAACUAUGGGGUUAACUGGGGACCUCCUGAUACAAACAUCACAAAAUCAGACAGCAUUUGGCAUUAUCAGAAUCAAGAGACAGUGGGUAGCCAUCCUAUUCAAGGGGAAUUUGCCAUCUACUCAGGAGGAGGAUAUGUUGUGAGACUGGGAAGAAACUCCAGUACUGCAGUCAGGAUGCUACAACAUCUUGAACAGAACCACUGGCUAGACCACUGCACCAGAAGCCUUUUUGUGGAAUUUGUGGUCUUCAAUGCUAACGUAAACCUGUUCUGUGCAGUGACUCUGGUUGUGGAGUCCAACAAUGUGGGUGCCUUCUUUACUUCUGUAAGACUGGACAGUUUAACUUUCCUUCAGACAUCGAAGAAGGAUUUUGUCUGGUCUGUCACCUCACAAGUCAUCUAUUAUCUACUCAUCUGUUACCAUGCCUUCAUACAGGGUCGCCGACUAAAACAGCAGAGAUGGAGAUUCUUCACUAGAAAAAGAAAUGUUCUGGACAUGAGCAUAAUCCUCAUUAGUUUUAUCAGCUUGGGACUUAACAUGAAGCUUUUUUCUCUUCUUAAGAAAAACAUGGCACAAUACCGCUAUGACCGGGACAGGUUCAUCAGCUUCUACGAGGUGAUAAAAGUAAACUCAGCUGUCACCUACCUUGUGGGAUUCUUGGUUCUACUGGCAACACUUCAGCUGUGGAACCUGCUACAUCAUAAUCCCAGGCUGCAGGUUAUUGGCAGAACACUGAGCCGAUCCUGGGACGAGGUGGUGGGCUUCUUGCUGGUCCUCUUGAUCCUGCUGACAGGCUAUGCCAUUGCUUUUAACCUGCUAUUUGGAUGGAGCAUCUCUGACUACAGAACUUUUUUCAGUUCAGCAGUGACUGUUGUUGGCCUCCUGAUGGGAAUCACUCCACACAAGGAGGUUAUUGCUUUAGACCCAGUCCUGGGUGUCUUCCUGAUCCUCACCAGUGUGAUCUUGAUGGGACUUGUGAUCAUUAACCUUUUUGUUUCUGCCAUUCUAAUGACUUUUGGUAAAGAAAGAAAGUCCCUUAAGACUCGGAAAGAAGCUACACUGAUAAACGUGCUGCUACAGAAGCUCUCGAGUUUGUUAGGAAUCCAGUGCAACAGAACACAAUGAAGUUUUAAAAGGGGGAAGAGGACAGGGUGUGUGGGGAGAAUGCCAAGAACAAGAAAACCAUCCUGAGGGGGGAACAGUAAUGAGAAAACAGCAGCAGAGAGUUCAGCUAUGACCCUUGAAGGUUUCUGACUGACACUUACCAACAAUCUGUGCAGAAGAGACAUUCAUAUCAGCAUUGUCAUCAACCUGAAACACAAAGAUUGUUACCACAGGAGAAUGGUAUCACUGGGAAAAAUACCAGUACCAAAUGUCCCUAUGUUUUUCAAAAGCCAAGCAGCUCAGCAGAAGCAACAGAACCUGCUACAAAGAAAACAUCCUUCCAUCCCUUGUACUUUUCUCUGAUAUUCCAACCAGAGAGAUACCAUGCUGAAUUCUUAACUGCCAAGCAAAGAAAAAGCUUAUAGCACCAUCACACCUCUCUUAAAUUUGGCACCUUCACCUUCCAUCCAGAGAGAAAGAAUUAAACCACUCCAAGAACCGAGUACUCAAAUGUUGAUUAUCUUACACCUCAUUCCUACAAAUAGUUGUGGACAAUCCUACAACAUGUUGAAAACCAAAACAUAAACUUUCAGGUCCAAGAUAAAAAUCAAAGGAAACACUAAUAAGCAAGUUCAGGAACAUUGCUAUGUUCAGGGCAUCUCUGUAUGUAAUGUCCACAGCAUGUGCCUAGUUUGUUUUCUCAGUAAAUUGAUCAGAUGGAGCAGGUCUCAAAAGGCACACAUUAGCUGAGGAAACAAGGCUGGAAGAAAACAAGUCAUCUAAUUAUAAACCAAAGCUGUUAUAAUCACCUACAGUUCAAGACAUCACUUCCAUAUUAGCUGUAUAUAGUCAGUUUUAACUACAAGAUUAAAAUAUAAA